AUGACAGUUUCAACAAUUCCAAUUCCUCAAAUUAUUAAAAUUGGUGUAUUAAUUGGUGCUAAAGGAUGUAAUCUCAAGCCCAUUGGCGAAGAUACCGGUACAUCCAUUCAUGUAAACACAAAAGUGAGUCCUGCACGAAAUGAAAUUAGAAUCAAAUGGAACUCGCUACCACCAUCUGAAAAUAGAGUUAACGAAGCAAGAGAUCAAUUAGAUAAUCUAAUAAAUAAAUUAUUGAAACGUUCAAAUCAUUCGAUCGUUCGAAACGCUCAAAGGGUUCAAAGGGCUCGAAAACUCGAAUCUCUUAACAAACUCAAAGAAUUUAAUUAA